CUGAUCGUUUGGUUCACUCGAGAGGACACAUAUCAGGGAUGGCAGACAUGACAGUGUCGUCGACGGAUCCAUCGAUGGCCGCAAUGGCGGACAGACCAGCGCUUCCCGAAUAUGUGGCCACAAUUGACAGCCAAUUGUCGUCAAUGUAUCUCAACGUCGAUUGUGUCGACAAUUAUAGCCAAUAUUACCACCGAUUUAGACGAGACGGUCGACAACACUAUCGAUGUCUUCGCGAUGACUGCCAUUUCGUCACUAAUAAGAGCUCUAUAGCCGUCCGACACAUCCGAAGACAUAUCAAUGAAAAGCCGUACAAAUGUUGGCACAAAGACGACAACGAAGAUUGUAAUCAACAGUUUUACCAGAAGUGCGAUCUCAGAGUCCAUCUGAUGCGACACUUCGAGGACAAGCCAUUUAAAUGCAGUCAAAAUAGUUGUGACAAAUGUUUCACGACUCAGAAGGCACUCACUCUUCAUCUCAGAAGACAUUCACUAACCGAAGGA